AUGCAUUGGGUGUCCAUCUUGAGUACAAUUUUGCUCUACUGCUUGUCAGGAGCAAGAGCAUCGCCUGCCAAGACAAUAAUGUAUGGCAAAUUGCCCUUGGUUAUGACUGACUCAUGCAUGGGAGUGUUUGGUGAAGUUACCUGGGAGUAUACCAGUGAUGCUUUAUAUGCCUCACCGGUAUGUACUUAUGAACCAGCAUUGCAAUCGUUUUUGUAUUGCAUAUAUGAAACAUUACAUGAAAAGGGUCAUUCGAAUAAAACAUUUGAAAAAGCGUUAGAUGCUGUCAAAGAAGACUGCUCAUACUAUACUGAUACACUUCAUAAUAUGACUACUUCUGACUUUUACGAUACCCUAAACAACGGAACGAAGUAUAUGGUGCAAUAUGUUGAAGGUAGUGCCAAUCUUACAUACCCUGUUGAAAUGGAUGCUCAAGUAAGGGAGAAUUUCUAUCAUUCUUACCAUGGUUUCUACGCUAAUUACGACAUCGGCCAUACAUAUGGUGGUAUUAUAUGUGCCUAUUUUGUGGGUGUUAUGAUUUUUGCAGGAAUUCUUCAUUAUAUGAAUUAUACUCGGUUUAAAACUACCCUCUUCAAGCAAAAGAUUGUGAGAUAUGUGAGGGGAUAUGCUACGUUACCUACUAUAGGAAGUAAGCAUGCGUCAGCCAUUUCUUAUCUCAAAAUAUUCACAGGCUUUGUACCUACAAGAUUCGAAGGUGUUAUUAUUCUUGGAUACCUUGUACUGCAUACCGUUUUUUUAGCAUACGGGUAUGAGUAUGAUCCUUACAAUCUAAUUUUCGACUCUCGUAGAGAGCAAGUUGCUCGGUAUGUGGCAGAUAGGAGUGGUGUUCUUGCGUUCGCACACUUUCCCUUAAUUGUCCUUUUUGCAGGAAGAAAUAACUUUCUCGAAUGCAUCUCUGGUGUGAAAUACACCUCUUUCAUUAUGUUUCAUAAAUGGCUGGGAAGAAUGAUGUUCCUCGAUGCUAUGAUUCAUGGUGCUGCCUAUACCAGUUAUGAAGUAUUCUAUAAGUAUUGGGAAGCAAGUAAGGCAGAACUAUAUUGGCAAUUUGGAGUGGCUGCACUUUGCUUAGCUGGUAUGAUGGUUUUUUUUUCUUUGGCAGUAUUCAGAAAGUUUUUUUAUGAAACUUUUUUGUUUCUUCAUAUUGUCCUUGGAGCGCUGUUUUUUUAUACGUGCUGGGAGCAUGUAGUAACACUAAGUGGUAUUGAAUGGGUAUACGCCGCAAUUGCGAUUUGGAUCGUUGAUAGGCUUAUUAGGCUUGUUAGACUAUCAUACUUUGGUUUUCCUAAAGCCUCCUUGCAGUUAGUUGGAGAUGAUAUUAUUCGAGUAACAGUUGAAAAACCAACAAGGCUAUGGAAAGCCAAACCUGGGCAGUAUGUUUUUGUGUCGUUUUUGCAUCCACUAUAUUUCUGGCAGUCACAUCCAUUCACCGUUUUGGAUUCAAUCACCAAAGAUGGCGAACUGGUUAUUAUUCUGAAAGAAAAGAAGGGGGUAACAAGACUUGUUAAAAAAUAUCUCUGUAGGAGAGGGGGUAACGCAUUGAUGAGACUGGCUAUAGAAGGGCCGUACGGCUCUUCGUCACCAGUUCAUAACUUUGAUAAUAUCUUGCUACUUACCGGAGGGACUGGAUUGCCCGGUCCCAUUGCCCAUGCGAUUAAACUUGGAAAAACUUCAGCAGCAGCCGGAAAACAAUCUGUAAAGUUAGUGAUUGUAGUUAGAGGGUUUGACGUACUUGAAGCUUAUAAACCAGAGCUGUUGUGCCUAACAGACUUGAAUGUGCAGGUUCACAUCUACAAUACCAUGAAAGUUCCAUUGUUGGAUUCAAGCGAUAGUUUAAGCACGUCUCAAAAGGAUGAGGAAGGUGAUGGAAAAGGCGGUUUUGUAGAAACAAGUCUAGACAAAUCAUCCAGUCCCUUUGAGUUUGAUUGUGCCGUUUUUCAUCAUGGAAGACCAAAUGUUGAAGAAGUUUUGCGUGAGUCAACAGAACUAAGUGGUUCACUGGCAGUGGUGUGUUGUGGGCCUCCUGUGUUUGUUGACAAAGUAAGGGACCAAACAGCAAAGGCUGUUUUGGAAAAUUCAUCAAAAGCAAUUGAAUACUUUGAAGAAUACCAAAGUUGGUAA